GCUCAUCGAUCGGUGUGCCUCAUUCAGCUCCAAGUUCUGAGAUUUCGUGUCGGCGUUGAGGUGGAAAGGAAGUUGGUCGGACGAUACCUUCGAUAGUAAAAUUCGCAAGCUACACUUCGGUCAGAGUGACGCACAGUCGAUCGGAGAGAUUUACUUAUUUGUUUAAGUCGUUCGCUGCAAUUGGAAUUGAGAUUCAAUUCAAUUUUUCGUUUUUCCGGCUCUGAAACAGUUGCCCCUAGCCUGUCUUAGCACCAGCGUUUGCUACGCUUCUUUUAUUGCAUUUUCGCUUUCUGCGUAAUCGUUCUCGUCGUUUCCUAAGCAAAAAUGACGUUGACACAAGCGAGCCGAACGCCGUAUGACCAUCUGCGGUUUGCAUACCCAGAGACCUGGAAAAACCUGAUCCGAAUUUUCGAGGAGAAAGGCGCUGUGACGAACUUGGCGGGAAUUCGAAGACCAGAAGGGUAUGAUCUUUUCAAUUGACUCGACAUUUGUUUUGAUUGCGUUUGUGACACGUGAAGAGGAACCUGAGGCAUUUCGUCUCUUCUUCUAUCUUCUAGCUACGUAGUGCUCACUAUUGAUAAUUCUGGAGUGCUGGUUUAAAAUGCUAUCUCAAUCGUAAAACAGGUUGAAGCUCGAGGGUCCUCAUGAAGCGCCGGUGGAGGUCGCCAAGUCUUCCUUGGUGGAGCUGUCUCCCGAGGAGGUGAAGGCAUUGCGUGAGAAGGAGGCCCGGGAAAAAGAAGCCAUCCACCAGCAGCGUCUGUUGAAAAACACCAGGAGAAACCCGACGGGAGGAUGGUACUAUAAUUUGUGCUUCGUCUGUUGAUUUCACUAUCAUGCAACAGUCAGCCUUACUAUUACUUCGCGGCUGGGCUUGAAUUUGGGAUCUGAAUUUUUAUACCUUUUUUCUUUGUCAAAAUCGAUGUCACGACCACCAGGUACGAGGGUUUGCCCACGAACCACAAGAUUGCGUGCGUGUACAACGAAAAGAAGGAUAGCAUGGCCAUCAAGCAGCAGGAAGGCGUUGAGGCUUGGGAAAAGGAGCGCAACGGUGGAAAAUGAGAAAUGCACUAUUCCGAAGAUCUGUUUUGGUUUUGUGAAAAUCAAAAUUAAGAUAUCGCUUGCGGCAUGCAAUCGAGUGUCAUGAUGUUCAUGAGCACCAGCCCUCCAGUGUCAGACAUCUGCAAGAGAACUAACCUGUGUUUGAUACGCAUACUGUUGGAGAAUAUUUUCGUUUUGAUGGAAAAUGUAAAUGAGAAUCUGCCUGAAAAUAUAAUGUCAGUGGCUGUACUUUGGAUAAGCAUAAGUGCGCGAUGUCGAACAACUUUCACGACCUACACUACUCUGUACAAAACUUUUACAUCCAUCAACGCAUGAUAAAUAUAAUCAUUCUUGCCUCGUCGCUUCGGGCGUGCCUUGGCUGCUCAUCAGGAA